AUGCUUCGUACCGAUAUCAUCGAGCCAGUAGAGGGUGCUCCAGAAUGGAUUUCUCCAAUGGUUGUCGUGCCGAAAGAUCGGAAUGAUAUACGUUUGUGCAUAAACAUGAAAUACCCGAACCAGGCUAUACAAAGGAAGCACUUUCCGCUUCCAAUUAUAGAAACUUUUUUAAACAGCCUGAGAGGAGCUACCGUGUUCUCUAGACUGGAUAUUUCCUCGGCAUUCCAUCAUGUAGAACUGCACCCAGAAUCUCGGAACGUCACAACAUUCAUGACGAAUAAAGGGCUGAUGCGUUUCAAACGUCUUAUGUUUGGCAUCACCUGCGCGCCCGAGAUUUUCCAGCGAAUAAUGAUGGAAAUGCUUGGUCAUGUCAAAGGGGUCAUAGUCUAUAUCGACGACAUAGUCGUUUCGGGAAAAUCCCGUCAUGAACACGACCAACAUCUUAACCAAGUCCUGAAAAUACUGGAGAAGAAUAACGCCAAGUUGAACGAGAAUAAAUGCUGCUUUGCUGUACAUGAGCUAGAGAUUCUUGGCUUCAAACGCGAAGCCCUAGCGGUCGUCUGGGCUGUCGAAAAACUUUACAUCUACUUGUUUGGUUUACACUUUACUAUAUACACCGAUCACAAAACGUUAGAGUUUAUCUUCGGUGGCAGACUUAAGGAAAAUAAAAGAGCAAUCAGUCGGGCCGAAGGCUGGGCUUUACGCCUUCAGCCCUACGACUUCGAAAUUAAACAUAUUCCAGGCUUGGCGAAUAUUUCAGAUGCUCUCUCGAGAUUGUGUAUCCAAACAGAUCCUCCAUUCGAUGAAGGUUCGACUCACUUUCUAUUUGCUAUAGGAGAGGGCUUGACAGCUAUAACCUUGGACCAAAUUAAGACCGAAACCGGAAAUGACGAAACAUCCAUGGCAGUUAUGGAAGCUAUCAAAACGGGGGUUUGGCCACGAACAUUGAUACGCUACGAAGCUUUAGCCAAAGAGCUCGGGAUUCUCGAAGGCAUUUUGGUGAGAGAUGACCGGAUAAUACUUCCGAAAUCGCUAAGACCCCGGGCUCUGGACAUCGCCCAUCGUUGUCACCCAUGGAGUAGUUAUCAUGCGUCGAUAUCUUCGCGAAAAAGUAUGGUGGCCAUACAACAAUGUGCCGGUUGUGCUGCUGUGAGCCGACAAUCGCCACCUGAGCCGAUGUCGAGGAAGGAGAUGCCGGAUAGGCCCAUGCAGGAAAUUGUGAUUGAUUUCUUUUCUGCAAAAGAGUGCGCCACAUUUCUCAUUGUUGUCGAUUACUAUAGCCGUUACCUAAAAGUAAUUGAAAUGAGAUCAACAACUGCGUCGAAGACAAUUGAAGCACUUGAAGUAAUAUUCAAUGAACAGACUUAUCCCGAAACCAUUAGGUCCGACAAUGGCCCUCCGUUCUCUAGUGCUGAGUUUGCCAAAUAUUGUAAGGAUAAGAACAUACGGCUGGUUCGCAUAAUCCCUUAUUGGCCGCAAAUGAAUGGCCUGGUAGAGCGGCAAAACCAGGGGAUCCUCCGGACGUUGCGGAUUGCUAAAGCCACUAAUAUGGAUUGGCGCAAGGCCAUCAAGGAUUAG